AUGGAAGCAAAUAUUUCAACUACUACUAGAAUGGGUCCUUCUAAUGCAACACAAUAAAUUACGUCGAAACCAGAGUCUCCCUCUUCAUAAUCAUUAUUCGAUGAAGAGAGUGAAGUGUUGCAUCACAAUAUGAUAAAGGAUAAAAAGCAAAAUGUUUUUGGUUAAAGUCGUAAAUCGGAUUAUCUAAAGCAUGCUAUAUUCUUAACAAAUAGAUCUUUAAGGAUGACUGAAAACAAAAAACCUUCUUAGUUUGUAAUAAAUUUUAGGAAACAAUACUUCGUGCAUCGAUUCAUCAACAACCUAUUUACAAAUCUUUACUUCAUGAAAUCGGAUUAAAAAUUAAAAAUAAUGUAAACUUUAGAUGAAAAACCAGCAUAAUAAUUUGCUAAAGAUAAUUCUAGGAACAGUAAAAAUAAUAAAUGGAUAUUUCUACCGUCUACUCAUUUUAUAAUGAUUUGGGAUAUUCUAGGACUUUUAUUUCACCUUAUUAUGCUAUGGGUCAGUCCUUUUUUAUGCUCUUUUCAAGAAUUUAAUAAUAGUAUAAUUAAAUCUCUUUAGUCAAUAAUAUUAUUUUAUUUGGUUUUUGAUAUUUUAGUAAUGUUUAACAGGGCUAUAAUUAGAGAGGCCGUUAUAGUAUGUUAAAGAAAGGAUUUCAUUAAAAAUUAUUUAAAAUCUAAUGCUAUUUAUGAUUUUGCGAAUUUGGCAAUCUGGAUAUUUUUAAAAUAUGAAUUUCACUAAUUAUAUUACUUUUAAGAGUGUCUAAUCAUAUUUUAAAGAUAUAUCACAGAGUAUUUUCAGUAAAUAUAUUGCCGAGGAAAUCAAAGCUUCACGAUAGAUUUAGUAUCUUUAAUAAUUUAAAUUUACUACUUUGCUCAUAUUAUAGCCUGUAUUUGGCAUUAUGUAGGAUCAUAAACAGAAAGUCUAGGAAAUUCAUGGUUAAUUGAUAAUCACUUAGAGAAUAAAUCAUCUUGGAGCAAAUACAACGCAGCGUUCUAUUGGGCAACAAUGACUAUGACUACAGUUGGUUAUGGCGAUGUGGUUGCAGUAAAUGAAAUUGAAAUGAUUGUUGCAUCUAUUGUCAUGUUUUGUUCAAGUUGUGCUUUUGCUUAUACUAUGAGCUCAAUAGGGAUUAUCCUAAAGAAUAUUUAUGACACUUAAUUAAACUAUAAAAAAAAUCUUAUUUAAAUUACUCAAUUUAUGUUGAAAAACAAUGUAGAUGAAUAAAUACAAGGGAGAAUCAGGAACUAUUUAAAUUCUCAGUUAUAUUAAGAGAAAAAGGAGAAUAUGGAUGAUGUGAACAACAUCUUGAAUUCUCUCCCUUUUAAUUUGCAAUAAGAUUUAAAUGCAGAUAUAUAGCACAGAGUAAUUAAGCAAAUAAAAUUAAUUAUCAAUCAUUUUUCUAAAUCAACCUAAAUCCAAGUAGCUAAGAAUCUACAACUAAUUUCAUUAUUGACUGGGGAUGUAGUUUAUAAAUAAGGUGAUCUCUCGGAGGAUAGUCUAUACUUUAUUCAUAAAGGUGAAGUGAAAUAAACUGAACUUUAAACCAAAACAACACUUAAAACAUUAUAAAAAAACUAAUAUCUUGGGAUUUAUUCAUUUUUUACAGGUUUUUGCCCCAAAGAAACAGCUAUAUGUAAUAGUCCUACAGAAAUAUAUAAAAUAAAUAGGAAGAAAUUUUUAGAGAUUAUUCGAAGUAAUCAAAAGGAUCACGAAAUAUUCAAUCAUAUUAAAGACAAAAUUAUCUUUACCAAUAAUUUAGUAUUGUUUGAUCAUAAAUGCCAUUUUUGUAAUCGACCUUUUCAUUUGGAAAUAGAUUGUCCGCUUAUCUAAUAUAAACCAGAUUUAGAAUAGAUCUUGAAGAAGGAGAACUUUACAGUGAAACAUAACUUUAGGGUUUUUAAGAAACGAAAAAACAAUAAAUACAGCACUUUAGGAUAAUUGAAUAAAUUAACUUAAUCCUUGAAUUAAUUUUAAGAAGAUUAAUAAAUAUAACUUUUUGGUUUAAAUGAGAAUAAUUAAAUUGAAAUACCACGUCAAAGAACUGGGCUUUCAGAAGUAGUUUAUCAAAAUUCGCCUUAGAUGAUUGGCCAAAACAAUUAAAAUCUUAGUGGCAUAAGUGAUGAAGAAUAGCAUUCAGAAUUUCAACAUAACUCAUAAUAACAACCAAAAUAAUAAAUUUAAUAAUCAGCAAUUAAAAUUUAACAUAGAUCGUCAAUAUAAAAAGUAAAAUUAACUAAACUUGAACACAGAACUUCCAAAAGCAACUUCGCACCAAAUACAGAUAAUUUAAAUACAUCGUUUAGCAUUCUUGAUGAAGUUAAACAUUUACUUAAUUACUAAAAUACUUUCAAUCUGGAUAAAGUGAACUUUACGAGUAUUUCAUAUAUGCCUUAAUACUCGUUGGAGUCACAACUGAAAUAAAUGGCUAAAACCAUCAAAAGGAAAAACUAAAGACUUUAGAGAUUGCAUGAGAGAUUCGACAAAUACACAUUCUUCUAUUAAGCCAAGGAACUGUCUCUCAAAUUAAGAUUGUUUUACAAAAGAAGUAAUAAAAGCACUUUGUUAUGA